AUGCCCGCCCCAAUGAUACCCCAGAGUCAAUUCGACUCCAUUCCCGACGCCAUUGAGGCCUUCCGACGGGGCGAGUUCCUCGUCGUCCUUGACGAUCCCGGCCGCGAGAAUGAGGCCGACCUGAUCAUCGCCGCCCAGGACGUCACCACCGAGCAGAUGGCCUGGAUGGUGCGCUACUCCUCAGGCCUCAUCUGCGCCCCGAUCAAGCCCGCCCGCGCCGACGCCCUCGACCUGCCGCCCAUGGUCUCCGUCAGCCAGGACCCCCGCGGCACCGCCUACACCGUCUCCGUCGACGCCGCCGACGAGUCCGUCACCACCGGCAUCAGCGCCCACGACCGCGCCCUCGUCUGCCGCGUCCUCGCCGACCCGACCUCCACCGCCACGAGCCUGCGCCGUCCCGGCCACGUCCUGCCUCUCCGCGCCCACCCCGGCGGCGUGAGGGCCAGAGUCGGCCACACCGAGGCCGCCGUGGAGUUCUGCCGCCUCGCCGGCAAGCACGAGGCCGCCGCCAUCUGCGAGGUCGUCGAGGACGGCGACGAGGUCCCUGGCCGCGCCGUCCGCGCCGCCACCGACAUGAUGAGGGGCGAGGCAUGCAUUACCUUCGCGCGCAAGUGGGGGCUGAAGGUGUGCACGAUCGCGGACCUCGUCGAGUACGUCGAGAAGACCGAGGGCAAGCUGGAGGUCAACGGCUCGUAG